CGUUCCUCUCGUUUAUCAUCUAUCUUAUAGACAUUUCCAUUCCAAUCCUUUAUCUUUAUUAACAUCCAUAUACUUAUUCCUUAUAUACAAUAUCCCAAUAUCCCAAUAUCGCGUUGCAUAGACAUUCGAUUCAUACUUAUCCAACCCAGGUUCAUUAUCUGUACAUAACAUCCUCGCAUUCUAUAUCUUACAUCCAACAUACCAGUCGCAGUACAACACCACCUAAUAAUAUCAGCAACAGUAAUAACAAUAAUGUCAUCACCCACGCCCUCAUCAUCCUCGUCCGUCUCAACGUUGUCUUCCGCACCAGCAUCACCAAUGCCUCUCCACGAAACGCUUACGCCUGCUCAGCAGCAGGAUUUGGCCACUCUUGCCGCGAUUACCGAGACGCGCCGUAGACUGCGCGUUCGUGCUAGACCGCCUCGUCCAGCCCAGAAGAAAAAGGACACCGGACGUAUUCCGCGUCCUGUGAACUGCUUCAUGGCCUAUCGAUUGGAGAAACAAAAAACGAUCGCCGACUUAUUGCCAGGGGCUAAUCAUCGGGAUAUUUCCAAACUUGUGGCGAACUGGUGGCGUGACGAGCCCGAGUACAUCAAGGAAAAGUACCGUGCGCAGGCGGAAAAGACGAAAGAGGAGCAUUCGCAAAAAUAUCCUGACUACAAGUAUGCUCCCAUACGAAAGCGUGCCUAUAACAUCAAGCGGCGUGUUGCUGUCCCUGAUUCAUCUGAGGAUGAACAGUCUUCGGAUACAAGUAGCCCAGCUUCGUUGUCGUAUCCAUCCUGUCAGUUGCAUCUGUCGCACUCGCCGCUUUUACAAUCGCAGGAGUACCAUCAUCAUCAGCAGCAGCAACACCAGUACCAUCAUCGCCAACAGCCAGUUGAGCCGUCGUAUCAAUGGACCAUACCUCCCUUGCCAGCGCUUUAUCCCAACGCCUGGUUGUGGAACCCCAGCAACAACAGCAGUGAUCCAAUGCUCGGUGGGGAUGAUGGUAGUAUGAGCACCUACUGCACUCCUUCGUACGGGCCAGCAAGAGCGUCCGUGCUCAGCCACGACACACUGCCGCCAGCAGGAGAAGGACCAAUCGGAUCAAACUACACGUACUAUAGCGACUUUAUGCUUAUGGAUGGUAGUGGUAGUAGCGUUGGUCAAGAAGCUAGUGGUUUCUUCUAGAAGUCGUUGAGGAUAUAUUGAAAAAAGUAAAACCCGGGCUGUUGAUUGGUUAUUUGAUUUUGGUCGUUCUUGAUUCGCGAGGGGUGGGUGAAGGAAAGCCGAUGGAACCUGCUGGAAAGAGGUGACUUGUAUAUCUGUAUUGUAAAGUAGCUGGAUUUAAAAAUGUUUUUUUUGUUGUGCCGCUGCCAUAAAAGCAACG